UUUAUCAACUGUGAAAUAUGUUGAGAUUACAAAGGGUCUCUGUGUCUUUUUGUGACUAAUUAUCACUGUUCUUCUUUUGAAUACUGUACAAAUAAUAAUGCUGGUAUUCUGAUCAGUGUCUGAUUGUCCUUAGUAUUCUGGCAGGUAUUUCACUGCAUACAGAUAGGUGCUUUUAACCUAGAAUUCACUCUCAUUUUGCUACACUUUUCCAUGUUUUUUGAAUCAACUAAUAUAAGUUUAUACUAGGGGUAACAAUGGCUUCUCAGGAAACAUCCAAGCCAACAGCCCAUGACAACCUCUCAGACUCAGAUCCGGGGCUCUCCCCCAGAAACCCACGAAAUAACGCAGCUACCGGGGCCUCUGCUGCCGGUGUUCGUGCCCUCAGUGCCCAAUUAGUUGCUUUCUAUUUCAAAGCUCCGAUAAAGGCCUUUUUUCGCACACGAGUUGAUUACAUGGCGUUUGCUAGAGCUGUUAGUCCCCACGCAGCUGACAGUCGUUGGUCAUUCCGCACCACUACUCCCGGCUUACUCGUGCAUGCUGUUCGUGUAUAUGGUUGGCAAUUUAUUCCAAAACAAGUCCUUCCCCCGCUUUUGGCCAAUGCUAGCGUCGGCGCUGUAUUAUACACCUCUUACCUUCAAGUUCUGGGUAACUUGUAUGAGCCAGUUUCAUUGGGAGUUAAGCGGGUAUACCCCCCUCCAAGUCCCACAGAUACGUUCGCUGCAGGUUUUGCAGCUGGGGCUAUCCAGUCAGUAGUGGCUGCACCUCUGGACGCUCUCCAAGUCCGCUUCAAGGCAAAUGACGUCCUCGAGGGCCAGUACCAGAGUAUGUGGCAUUAUGGCAAGCACAAACUCCAACAGAUAGGAGCUCGCGGGGUUUUCGCUGGCUGGGGUCUCUCGUUUUUGCGCGAUUCCCUCGGUUAUGCGGUGUUCUUCUCCUCCUUCGAAUAUAUCAAAUCCCAGGCAUACUAUUCCUUUGUCACAGGUUACUACGGGUCACUACCGGCACAAAAUGUGGCUACACUGCAAUCUUCUCAGUCCGAGAACCAUGACGUACCUCUUAUCAAACCUCACUACACACUGGAGCCGUGCUUUUUGAUGCUUGCUGGCAUUGCAGCAUCUGUUGCCCAGCAAGUAAUACAGCAUCCACUGAGUCUCAUACAGGAUAUCCAUGUUGCAAGGUUGGAAUAUCUUGACCAUCAGGCGAGUCUUCAUCCCUCGAGGAACCGGAUGCUGCGACUCUACUAUCUUGCGUACCAGGAAACAUACAAGCGAUGCAAAAGGAGAGCUUUAAGAGCCGGGGGUUGGAGUCGUUGGCUGUAUCGCGGCUUUGGAAGAAGUGCCCUUCGCCAAGUUCCUAGCACAAGUGCUGGCCUAGUUAUUUUCGAGUUAGUCCGUCGUAGGUAUGCUAUCAUGGCAGAACCUAUAUAUAUUCAGAAGGACGGAUAUGAAAUCCUCUUAACAUGAG